CGGAAACCUACAUAUACGAUACAUAUGUGUGUGACGUAACCGAAAGUGCACCACUGUUUUGUUGUUGUUAUUAUUAAUCUCGGUUAAUCGUCAGUCACACACGUACCCACACGUAUCGAGAGCGAUAUUACGUUUAUGAACACGAGCUGAGGUAUCAACAUUUUUUCGUUUGUAUUGUUUCCAUACGUGAGAUAAUAAUACCCACAACUUGGCAGAAUGUCCAAUCAACUUGUAAAAUCGAUACUCUUCAUCUCUGUGUUAACAAUUUUGCUAUUACCCAAAUGUGAAGCGGGUUACCUGGAAGGAGCGCCUUGCAGCACUCAAAAUACAGCCUUUUUAGAAGCCACCGGGCUUUGGCGUCUGCCACCUGUUGCAGUGCAAUGCGUCGACAUCAGUGGCAUGGGAAACAGAACGCGUCUCCCCUUUACGCCCGAAAUAACGAACGCCACCACCCUCUAUGCCGAUCAUAUGAAUCUCGUAUUGUUUCCAAAAUUUGCCACGUUUAGACUGCCAAAUCUCGAAAUGAUCGACCUGAGCGGAAACAAAAUCCGCAAGUUGAGCAGUAAAAGUUUACGAUUCACACGGAAAAUUGAGACCCUUCUCCUGGCUGAUAACAACGUGUAUAUUCCCAAAAGACGCCCUCUCUUAGUUUCAUCCUCGCUAACCACUCUUUCAUUGAGCAACAACCAAAUUCGAAGAUUAACGAAUUACACCUUCUCAAAAUUACCUAAACUGCGAGUUCUCUACUUGGAUCGUAACCUGUUGAAGCAUUUAAGACCGGACGUAAUAAAGCCUCUCACUAAUCUCAAGUAUCUUCACGUGGGAAAUAAUCGGCUUACGGAGUUACCAUCGAAAUCUUCACUACCAGAUUCUUUGAAGAUUUUUAUAACUAAAGGAAAUCCUGUAUAAAAUCAUUAUAUAAUACCUGAAAUAAGGAAAAUGAACAGAGGGAAAGGAUUUAAAGAAGAAACGGAAACAAAAACUUGAUGGGGAUAUUGCUGGUGUGAAUAAAACAGCUACCCUUAACAAUAACAGCUUUACACAUUUAUACCUAAAAAUAGCACACUGCUUUGCACCUUAAGCCUUAUGCAUGAUCCUGAAAAUUGUAAGGAUUUCAAACAAUUUUUACAAUGAAAAAUUUGGUAAAUAUAAAAGUUAAUAUUAAAAAAAAUUAAGUAGUUCAAUAUCUUCGCAUAUGUUGAAGUAAAAAAUAAAAAACAAAACUAUUGUAAAUAAUACUGAAAGAAGAAUACAAUUUACGCUAUUAAGAAUUAUAGAUAUAAGAUGCUGCAUUUUCCUUAAAAGAAAAGACGUGACGUCAAUUUAUUUCUAUUUUCCUAUAACGGUAUUAAGUACACUUAAUGUAUGUUUUAAAAAUACUUGUUUGAAUUUAAACUUUGAUAUAGAAAAUAAACAACUGUUAGUAAUAAGA